AUGAAAGGAUUUACAAGGGUAACGCAGCUGACAAGAACUUUAAUUGAUUUAUUUAUCACCUCAAGGCCAGAGCUCUAUUUUGCUGGAAUUAUACCAGUUGGUUUUUCUGACCAUAGUACCAUUUUUGGGGUAAGAAGGCUUCAUAGGCCCCCCCCCCCCCUUCCCCAAAAAUUUUUGUAACAAGAAAUUACAAACAUUACAAUCCUGCAUUGUUCCGUUUGGACCUAGAACACAUCCUCUGGGAAAUCAUCAAACUUGAAGAGACACCAAAGGGAAGCUGGAACACCUUCAAGGACCUAAUCCUGACAAUCGCUGACAUGCACGCACCUAUUGUUAGGCGUCAAGCACGUGGAUAUUCAGUGUCGUAGUUAACAAGCAAUCUUAGAAAGCUUAUGCAAGAAAGAGGCUCUAAUUACAAGCGAACUACAUUGGAGUAGUUAUAAGCGGUUACACAAUACUAUUAACACGAGAAUGCAUAAAGAGAAAAGUGAUUACUAUUCAAAUCAGCUAGCAGAUGAACAAUGAUGAUCUGUUAACAUUAUAUAAAAUCGUUCCAAAAAAAAUCAAAUUGGUACCUUCGCGGAGUGAUGGUCCAACAGCCUCAAGUUUUAACUGCUUAUUUACCUCGAUUGCUAAUACCUUGUGCAGCCAUUUUAAACGCUGUUCUCUACCAAAGGUAAAACAUGAUGUUGUCCUCGAAGAAGUGUCCUUCAGUUUUGUACAGAAAGAACUGCUUAAAAUGAAGCCAACUAAAGCACUAUUCUUGAUGGAAUGCCUGCUCGGUUAUUAA